AGAAGAAGAAGAAGAAGAAGAAGAAGAACAAGAAGAACAAGAAGCAGGUCCCUCAAGACCAAGAGCACAUAGGCGAACUAAGAAAAGACGGAAGCAAUCUAGUGUACAAAAGGGGAAAAAGCGCUCAGCAAAAAAGCGUCGUCAAGAUAGCUCUCGAAGAACAACAAGUAAACGCUGCAAAUUCUGUGUUGAUCAUAAUCAGUAUGAUGAUGCUGUACCUCACUCAUCCAGACGCGAUCCUCGGUGCCCAAACCAUUUACCAACAAAGGCUAUGAUGAUACAAAACGUGAUUGGCACUAAUCAACGCUCUUUUACAAGAAAGAUUGGCUUAGACAGCUUUAUCAAUCUACCACUACAACAAAAGCAAGCACUGAAAAAUCAAAUCCAAGAAGUUGUCGCCUACCAUCGGGAACUAGUGGUGAAAUCACAUCUUUUUGUUACCUAUUAUAUUUUGGACAAGUGCAACCGCAACCAACCCAUAUCAAAGAAGGUCUUCAAUCAACAGUUCUGGUACAGUACAUUCCAAGUUAUCCUAAACAGACCAAUCACCAACCGAAAUGAAAUGAACGAAGAUUUACGCACUGAUAUCAACAACACUUUCAACAAUUAUCGGGAAACAUUCGGUGAACUAAUGCAGACGGCGGAUAGACCAAAGAAUCAAAUUUACUCACACGUUUUGGCACAUACGGCGGAACAAUCAGCAACAAACUUUCUAAGUAACGUGGUGGAGAAUUUCGAAAAUCGCAGUAUUGCCUUUCUGACUUUGCGUAUCCAACAAUUGGUGGAGGGCAUAAACAAAGGUGAUGCAAGAAAACUUGGUAUUUUCGUAUAUGAAACUUUGGCAAAUGAUGACGCGGUUUUUCCUACUUUAUCGCAAGAAGCACAUAACUUGGAUGGUGAUGUUAUUUUUAAUUCGGUAUCAACACUAUUGGAUGAAACGGAUCUAGGUCCAGAACGUGUGACACUACAUGCGAUCACUGAAAAUCCCCAGGUGUAUCUACAGAUUCUUUAUCGAAUGUUACAACAUAUAGAAGCAUACAACAACAAUGAAAUACAGCUUGCUGCGGAUGUACAGACAGAAGCCAACAGUAGCUGGGCAUAUAAUGUGAUAAAGAAUAUGGAUGGAUUGCAAACACUAGGAAGACGGCGUCGGUCUCGAUUGGUGCGCAGAAUUGUUAGUGCUGUGAACGACAAUCAACCAUUGGAAAGAACUUCAGUCGACUAUAUGGAUGAUGAUUGUUUUGCUCAAAUACACGAACUAAUCAUAACAACACGGCACCAGAUCAACAACUCACUCAUAUAUAUUCAAAACUCGGAAGCUAUUGAUCGCGAAGAAUGCUUUUUACCAGAACUAUGGACUGUUGUGAAAAAGACCCGUGGAUUUAAUUUGGUUCCUUCACCAUCGUGGGCAUUCAAACAUAUUCAAAUUGACAACCGGACCCUCAAGCAGUUGAUCAGAAAAUGUGGUGGCCUCGGAUACGAUUUUAGUGCGGAACGACAUGCCAAUGCUAACCAACUACAGAAGGAUGCAAUGGUUUUUCAUUAUGUGUUUAAUUUUCGAAAACUGAAUGGAAUAAGGGAUGCUAUCUUCAACAACACUUUGACGACAAAUGGCUACGAAGUCAGUGUACUUUUUCAAAAAGCAAACAGCGAAAAUCAACUACCGGAUCUGGAGCCUUCUGAUUUCGAGGAUUGGGAACUGGAGAUAUUCAAAGUGUGGGGUCUUGAUCCUGGAAUGAAAGAAAUUUUUGUAGCAAGCGAUGCAUCUGACCAUUUGGCGUAUCAUUCUCCUGCCGUUGGUGUUAUGGAUGUGGAUUCUGACAAUCAUUCUGAUCGUGAUGACGGUGAUGUUUCUGCUGGUGCUGAUACUGGU